CUCCAAUCCUCAUCUGUUCCUCACAGGAGAGAGAGUGUGUGAGAGAGAGAUAGAGAGAGAGAGAGAGAGAGAGAGAGCAAGAGGGUGGAAUAUCCAUUCUGUGUGGGACAGGAAAACUGAAUAAAAAACUGAAAGUCUAGUAACAGAAGAGGGGUAAACAUAUGACAACCAAACGGAGGGACCCUGAAAAGUGAGAACAGGUUAAGAAACCCACUGGAGAACUUCCUUAUUUGGAUUACGUCUGCUCACCUGAUUUCACUUCCUGUCUCCAUCGGUGACAACGCCUACCAACCGUUGCCAUGGGCGAAAUGGAGGAGCUGCGAAAGGAGGCGGACAACCUCAAAGAUCAGAUCACUGAGGCCCGAAAGGUAGUGCAGGACACCACCCUGCAGGAGGCGGUUGCUGGGACGACGCUGGUGGGGCGUGUCCAGCUGAAGACCAGGAAGACGCUGAGGGGUCACCUGGCCAAGAUCUAUGCCAUGCACUGGGGCACUGACACCAAUUGUAGCAAGUUGUGUGUCAGUGCCUCUCAAGAUGGAAAGCUCAUAGUGUGGGACACCUUGACCACCAACAAGGUGAACGCCAUCCCUCUGAAGUCGUCGUGGGUGAUGACGUGUGCCUACGCGCCCUCAGGGAACAUGGUGGCGUGUGGCGGUCUCGACAACAUGUGCUCCAUCUACAACCUCAAGGGCAAGGACGGCAACGUCAAGGUCAUGCGUGAGCUGGCCGCACACACAGGUUACCUGUCCUGCUGUCGUUUCCUUAGCGACAGUGAGAUCAUCACCAGCUCUGGCGACUGCACCUGUAUUCUAUGGGACAUUGAGACAGGGACAGAGAAGACCAUCUUCGCGGGCCACUUGGGUGACUGCAUGUCCCUGGCCGUGUCCCCCGACUUCAAGAUGUUCAUCUCGGGGGCGUGUGACUUCACAGCCAAACUGUGGGACAUCAGGGAAGCCACCUGCAGACAGACGUUCAGUGGCCACGAGAGUGACAUCAACGCCAUCGGGUUUUUCCCCAAUGGUAAUGCAGUUAUAACGGGCUCAGACGAUGCCACCUGUAAGCUGUACGACCUGAGGGCAGACCAGGAGCUCAUCACCUACCAGGACUCAGGCAUCAUGUGUGGGGUGACCUCCCUCGCCCCGUCCCUGUCCGGCCGACUUCUACUGGCCGGAUACGAUGACUUCAACGUCAACAUCUGGGACAUGCUUAAAGCCGAGAGAGUGGGAGUGCUGGCUGGUCAUGACAACAGGGUGAGCUGCAUCGGAGUAUCCUCGGACGGAAUGGCAUGCUGCACAGGAUCCUGGGACAGCUUCCUGAAGAUAUGGAACUGAGCCAGUCCUCUAGAGAACAGACAGAACGAAAGACUAAGAGAAGGAGAGGAGAUAGAGGAAGAGUAUCAUGAAAACCGGGUAGAUUGAAGAGGGGGGGGGAAAUUAGGAAGCCAUGGGUUAAAGAGGUUAUUUUUAAUUGUGCCAAGUCUUAUUCGAUUUGAGAGAAGGAUUACGAUGAGAAAGUCUCAUCUCUUCCUACUUCUAACUCAAGUUUAGAGUUGGGCUUGACUUUUGUAGAAAAACAUGAUCGUUGUAUCAAUGAAUGAUUUGUCAAGGUUCAAAAGCUGAAUUCUAGCAUUAUAGGAAAUGCAGGAAAAUAUUAAUGUCAUAAGAGCAGUUGCCAAAUGGAAAAGGUAGAGACUUGGAUGAAAUAACAGGAUAAGAUAAAUGACCACUGAUAGACUGUAGGUUUACAAUAACUAGGUUGUUACAUGCUUUUAUAUUCGAGGCGAGUUAAAAUGUUUGUCCGAGGAUAAAUAUGUAAGCAUUAAAUUUGUUUCAAGCGGA